GCCCUCUCCAUUAAACUCCCUCUUCUCUUUCUUCUGCUUCCUUCACUCUCAUCUGGGGUCCUCUUAGAUGCUUCUUUUAACCCUACCCAUUUCCCCCUUUUGACGGAUUUUUCUUCUAUCUUGUUUUUGGGGAUCUCUCUGUUUUUCUCUUCACCGGAAUUAAUGGCGUUUUCCGACGAGAACAAUGCCAACUUGAUCAAGCCCACUUCAUUUCGUCCAGGAGGAGGAGGGAUGGAGAAGAGUGGGAGGGCAUUUGGGCAGGAGAUUAGUAGAGUUAACAAUAAUCGGAGAGCUCUUAAUGCCAUUAAUCAGAAUUCUGUGGUGAAUCAAGCUUACCCAUGUGUUGUUAACAAGAGAGUCCUCUCAGGAAAGCAAGAGAUUUGCGAGAAGAAGCAGGUUGAUCCAUUUCAUAGACCCAUUACAAGGAAGUUUGCUGCUCAAAUUGCUAGUAGUCAACAGCUUCAUCAUCCUCAGGAAAAUAAUAAGCCUAACUCAUUUCUUACAAACUCAAAUGCAUUUGGACAUUCCAUAUUUGUAGACGAGGAUUGCAAAACAGCAGAAAAUGACAAUCCAGUUCCUAUGUUCUUGGAGAAAUCAGAACCAUCAUUGCCUCAGGAAGCAAGCCAGAUGGAGGAGGUUGAAAUGGAGGAUAUAGCAGAAGAAGAAGACCCGGUAAUCAACAUUGACAAUGUAGAUUCCGACAACCCGCUUGCCGUUGUCGAGUACGUGGAUGAUCUCUACGCUCACUAUAGAAAAAUUGAGAGUUCAAGCUGUGUUCCCCCAAAUUACAUGACCAAACAAAUUGACAUUAAUGAGAAGAUGAGAGCUAUACUAAUUGAUUGGCUUAUAGAGGUUCAUGACAAGUUUGAUCUCAUGGGAGAAACUUUGUUUCUCACUGUGAAUCUCAUAGACAGAUUUUUGGCACAAAAAACAGUAGUGAGAAAGAAGCUUCAGCUGGUUGGUUUGGUUUCUAUGCUAUUAGCUUGCAAAUAUGAGGAAGUUUCUGUCCCUGUUGUGGGUGAUUUGAUUCUUAUUUCUGAUAAAGCUUACUCUAGAAAGGAAGUUCUUGAAAUGGAGACAGUAAUACUCAACUGUUUGCAGUUUAAUAUGUCAGUUCCCACACCCUUUGUUUUCCUCCAAAGGUUCCUUAAAGCUGCUCAAUCUGACAAAAAGCUCGAACUAAUGGCAUUCUUCUUGAUCGAACUCUCGCUCGUCGAGUAUGAAAUGCUGAGGUUCCCACCCUCUCUGCUAGCGGCGGCAGCAAUUUACACAGCGCAAUGUACUCUCACCAGAGUCGAUGGUUGUUGGAGCCGAACCUGCGAGUGGCAUUCCAGCUACUCAGAAGAUCAGCUCCUAGAAUGCUCGAGACUAAUGGUGGGGUUCCAUCAAAAGGCGGCGACGGGGAAACUCACCGGAGUUCAUAGGAAGUACUGUACAUCAAAAUUUAACUACACGGCAAAAUGUGAACCUGCACAUUUUCUUUUGCAGACUCAGCAAUAGCCACAACAGAACAGAACAUGUAUAGUGUUCUUACUAACAACAUUACAUGAAUGUUCAAAAUUUGGGCGACGGGGCAGGGAUGAUCGAUCAGUCGGCCGGUCGGAGGCGACUACGGUGGCAGGAUAGGGCACAACAACACAAUAAUGGAGGUGAACAACCAGAUGGUUGCUUUCCAAUGUUGGUCAUUAUUUGUUCUUUUAUUGUAUGUUCAUUUUGUUUUUCAUUCAACAGCAAUGAGAUGACAAAACUAUAUAUAAUUUCAUUUGACAAAGAAUAAUGUUGGCCUUUUUGGCAUAAA